UAGACGGUAGAACGGUAGCGGGCGAGCAACUUAAUGGCUGCCUAGUGAGCGCAAGCUUUACAUUUCGCUUUUCGUAGUUAACCGUAAACUGCUUCGAGGGUGAUCUAACCCUUGUAAGCAGGUGUCAGCAAGAGGUAUAUUCACACAGAUCGAUUUAUCGACCCAGACGCAGCUGAGACGUGAGGGAAAUCUCAAGCCGUGGAAUGCCGUAGUAUAUUCCAGUGGUUGACACUCUCUAAACCGACUUAAAAAUGUGUCCUAUGCCACCAUACAGAGACUGAGGCCUGACGUAUGGGUAAACGGGCCUGGACUAAAGGCAGUAGAAAGAAUAUAGCAUUUAGACUUAGUCUACUGGGUUCUCAGUCUGUUGAAAACAUUCCUGUUGCUAGGACAUCUGUUAGUAUGCCUAGCGUAGGUGGCAAGUUCACUCAACCCGUCUCCCUGGAGGGGGAAAGACGGAAGGCGAUGAUGUUGGUCCACUCUGUGGAGAAGGACAUCGUGCUCUUCAGAGACCGAUACUUCCGGAAGCCCCAGAACAAGUUCAAUGAUGACACCAAUGAUUUUAUAGCGUUCGUGCUGGAGAAAACAGGCUCCACUCGGAGGCCGCCUAAAGGUUUCCGCGAGUUUUCCAUGCUGGUUGAUAAGACUCGCUCAAGUGCGGCGUUGUUGUAUCGAGAGGAGAUGGCCGUUAUGGACGCUGUCGUCCAGCGGCAGAUGAUGUUUGAGGAGCUCAUGAUGUCGGGUUUAGACCGUUUAGAUGACGCUUUGAAAAAACAUGUGGGUAAAUUCUGCCACAGCUUCGUGUCUGAGGCGGAGGGUAUGGAUUUGAAAUGUGUCCAAGACUACGAAAACAACAUCACCCGGUGGAAAGAUGAUAUUAAUGAUGGCAAAGGUCUGUUGAAGGACAUCAGACAGAGUCUGAAAGACCAUAGCACGCCCUUUAACAACUUCGUACGGCAUUACAACAAGAUCCUGCACUACAUCGGUCUUGCGUUGGAGGUGUUUCCGCGCAUCUACAACCCGCUGAAAGACUGGGUGACGGCGGACGAGGCUUAUGUGCACAAGGUUCAGGACGAGCUGAAUGUGUUGAUGAAGCAGAAGAUGGACAUUACUGAAACGGGCAGACGCCAGCAGCUGAGGGCGGACAACCUGCAUCACAAGGUCCAGCAUCAGAGCUACCAGUCCAAGAAGCUCAGGGGACGUCUGUAUGACGCUAUGGACGAGCGGAAGCUCUGUCGGAGGCGGGAAAUGGCGCUCAUGGAUACAUAUGCCAAGAACGCUAGCCAGCUGGAGCAGAAGCACCAGUACCUGGAGGAGACGCUGAGUCGCCUGUACAGCCAGGAGCCCAACUCCAGACCCAUGUACGACCGACACCUGUCAUCCAUCGCCUCCCUGCAAGAGGACAUCGACAAGCUGGAGAAGCGCCAGGAUACCCUGCAGAAGACGCUGGCUAACAUCAAGAAGGACAGGUACCAUGUCCAGAAGGAGGUGCACAAACUGCAGGUGAUGUAUGACAAGAGCAUAAGGUCAGAGGACGUGGUCCACACCAACGCGGACUGUCAGGUUGCAGGGGUCAAGGUCAUUCAGGACGAGAACCGAGUACUGGCGGAAAAAGUCGAGAUUCUCCGGAGAAUCAAAUCUCUGAAGUCACAUCCGCACACAAUCAGGCAUAUACACAACGAGGGAUACAUCCCGGGCCGCCGUAUAGAUAUAUCAGACCGCCUGUUGACCGCCUUCCGGAUCGUGGCCCCGGAUGUGGGGCGUGACUGGGCGUAUCUCUACCAGAGACUGUCUUUCAGUCCAAUCAGGGACGCCGUGACGCGGUCUCACGACAUUGAGCUACUGGAUCUGUCUUCCCAGCGGAACGACUUGAGUCUGCGCGACACGGUGUUGAAGAGUCUCGAGCGAUGGCGACGUCUCAGCCAUGACGCAACAGUUCCAAAUCUCGUGAGAGCUCUCAAAGAUAUUCGGAAACGAGAUCUGGCAAAGAAACUCGAGCGAGAGAUGCUCGUAACCAGUUGAUGUCGAUAGAACAUACGGAAUGUACAUGAACUAAUGAGUGUAUCUCAAAAAAACCUUGCUGAUCUGUCCCGUCUGUGGUAAAAUUUGAACUGUUUGAUUAUACAUUCGUCGAAACAUUCUUUUGAAUAAUAUUUUUCUAAGAAAAUUGGUAUAACAAAUUGGUAUUGUUUAUAUAUUUUUGUAUUCAUACAACCAGAUCAUGUAUUAGAGAUACAUGUAUACAACUGUCUUUGUUACACAUAUCUCCCGAAACAAGAAGGGACAAAAUACCUUUUCCCAGCUGCUUGAAAUAAACUCACAAUAUAAAAUCGCCCACAAAAAACAUACGUCACACAUUUGGCAUUCUGCCGGGCAGUCUCUUAAAAAGACAAAUAAAUAUGGUCUUACAUCAAAA